AUGACGGCGCAGGUAGAUUAUCUGGUGGUGGUUUUCACUGCUACAUCUGGCACCAGCGGAGAAUGGCUCGGGUCUGAUGAGAAGGAGCUCGGGCAGCUUGUGUGGCAGCUUGUGGAUGUCAAGAACAAAAAGUUGGGCAAGGUGAAUGAGCUGCUCAUUAAGCCGGACCUCACCGACUCAGAGGAGAAACAGGAGGAUGAGGAGGAGGAAGAAGACAGCACAGAACAACACAACUCUGGAGCCGACUGCGUUACAUCAGUAGAAAGUCUAGAAACGGCUCUGAAUAUGUUCCACCUCCAGCUCUCGAACGAGGUGAACAGCGCGGGCACAGGCACGUCGGUUAGCCUCUGUACGGACGGGCAGCUCCACAUCCGUCAAGUGAUUCACCCUGAGGCCGCGAACAAGAGCAUCCUGGUGCCUGACUGCUUCUACUCCUUUUUCGACAUCCGUAAAGAAUUCAAGAAACAUUUUCCAUCCUCGGACCUUAAGGCUUUGAACGUGCACGUAAUAGCUGACUCACUUGGCAUUCCCAGUGAUGCUCUUAUACUGGACCCCGAAGCCAUUUUGCCCCCAGAAGCAGCAGUCCAACAGGUCCGGACGAUUGCUAGUAUUGUCCUCGAGCUGCUUUCUGAGCCAUUUUGUCACAUAUUUUCCGAUCCUGAAAAGGUGAAUGAUAAGUUUGAAUCUGGUACUUGCAGUAAAAUGGAGAAGGUUUCCGACAACACGGUUAUUCGCGCACGAGGAUUGCCAUGGCAGUCAUCGGAUCAAGACAUUGCUCGGUUUUUUAGAGGCCUUAACAUUGCCAAGGGAGGUGCCGCCUUGUGUCUCAACGCUCAGGGCAGAAGAAAUGGGGAAGCUCUGGUCCGUUUUAUCAAUGAAGAACACCGAGAUUUAGCACUGCAAAGACACAAGCAUCACAUGGGCAACAGAUACAUAGAGGUUUACAAAGCAACAGGAGAUGACUUCUUGAAGAUAGCGGGAGGGACCUCCAGUGAGGUGGCCAUGUUCCUGUCGCGGGACGACCAGAUCAUCGUGAGGAUGCGUGGUCUUCCCUUCACUGUGACCCAGGAGCAGGUGCUGUCCUUCUUCACUCCUGAGGACGAGCUCAAAGACAUGUGUCCUGUGAGCGGCGGCACAGACGGCAUCCUGUUUGUUAGAUAUCCGGACGGACGGCCGACCGGUGACGCCUUUGUCCUUUUCUCGUGUGAAGAUCACGCUCAGAACGCUCUGAAGAAACACAAGGAGAUCUUGGGGAGGAGGUACAUCGAGCUGUUCAAGAGCACAGCCGCGGAGGUCCAGCAGGUGCUAAACCGAUACUCGUCAGCUCCUUUGAUACCAGUGGCCCCUGCUCCCCUGUUGUCUGUUCUGCCCGCGGUGCCGCUGCUGCCCCCUCCGGGUACCCUCAGGAACUGUUUGCGCCUCAGAGGUCUGCCCUACACCGCCAGUAUUGACGACAUCCUCACUUUUCUGGGAGAGUUCAUACAGGACAUCAGGCCUCACGGUGUCCACAUGGUCCUGAACCAACAGGGGCGUCCUUCUGGUGACUGCUUCAUCCAGAUGAUAUCAGCGGAGCGGGCGCACAUGGCGUCUCAGCUGCUGCACAAACAAGUGAUGACGAGCCAGCGCGGGCAGAACAGCCGAUAUGUGGAGGUGUUUCCCUGCAGCGCGGAGGAGAUGGGGCUGGUGUUGAUGGGCGGCUCGCUCUCACACACACAUGCACGCACACAGAGGAGUGGGACAGGGCUCAGCCCUCCGCCAUGUAAGUCCAGACGUUUGUCUCCGCCUUUGUACUCGUUCGCGGCGACUCCUCAGAUCCUUGCAGCCGAAGCAGCAGCUACUCUCUACCCUCCCUUUGGCCAAGUGCUGCUGGCCCCUCGGCACCUGGCCCCAGGACAUGCUUACUACCCCGCUUCCACUCAGCUCUACAUGAACAUGAACAUGAACAUGAACAUGAACAUGAACUACUCGGCCUACUACCCCAGUCCACCUGGCUCACCCACCACCAUUGGCUUCUUCCCCUCCCCCUCAGCUAUGACCUCUCCAGGCGGGCUGGUCCGCAUGCCAGGCCUUCCCUACCCAAGUAAUGGAGUCAAAGACAUUAUCAAUGCAGUGCAGGGAUACCAGUACCCACCUGAAGAUGCUCUUGUGCACGCGCCCAUGCACACGCAGGACCCGUCCAGGACACUUGUUACGCAGCCCAAAGAAUGGAGCCCAGGAGAGGUUUCUGUUCUGAGCAGCAGUCUGAUUGGACAGUCCAAUGGAGGAGAAGCAGCAGUGAUGCCCCUCCCUCUGAUGAACAAGCCUGCGGGGCAGUUUUUGGAUCUGUCCCUGCUGUAG